UAAAUAAAGAUAGAUAGAGCGGCUUUAUUCAUUGAGAUUUCAAAAUGAGUUACAAACCACAAUUCGAUACGAUAAGUGAAGAUACUAUAAACUGUUUUUACUUUUCUACUGAAGCGAAUUACGAUAUUUCUUACUGGGACAACUUGUGCAUCGAUAUCAACAAAACAAUUCAAAAUCUCUCGUCGGAGUAUUUGUGGAACAAAGAUAAACUGGAAGUUUACCCUCAAAUCUUAAAUGAAGAGCAGCACGACAGCCAGCCUCACCUGUUCAGCUCCACUUGCUAUGGAGAUAAUAUUGAAGAUGAAUGGUUCAUUGUGUACAUUAUAUUUGAAUUGACUAAACAGUUUGAUAAAUUAGUUGUUCAUGUGACUGAUAUUGAUGGAGAUUUCAUUCUUAUUGAAGCAGCAGAUUUCUUACCACAGUGGAUGAACCCAGUGAGCACAGAAAAAAGGGUGUUUAUUUUCAAAGGUGGAGUUCACAUAAUCCCUGAGACAUUAGUGGAUGUUGAUACAGAUUUGGAGUUUAGUGAUUCAAUUAAGUAUAUUAUAAAACACCCUCAAGAAACAAAAGCAUCAGAUAAUAUCCAAUCAUCAAUAGCUAAAAGGAUUGCUGGAUACCCUGCUAAAAUCAAAGAGAAUAUACACAGGGCAAUCAUUGAACUUCCAUUAGAUGCAGCAUCAGUACUGUCUAUAGACCCGUCUCUCAUUUCCCAUGUUGUUAAUGCCUAUUGCCACCAUGAUGUGAUUGAUGAAAAAGUUUGCAAAAAUAUAAAAUUUCAAGAUACUACUUGCAUAAAACUCUCUUUUACAAGAUGUCAAUAUGCAAUGCUCACACAUUCCAAGGACAUGAAAACACUCAAGCAUACAUUUGCUUCUAAAAAAGAUCAGAAAAGUAUCCUCGGUUUAAAGCUGUACUGUGGCUACAAAAUAAUUUUGAAUGAGGUUUCUGAUAUAUUUAAUUCGAAGGAGUAUGCAAAAUAUAUCUCAAGUUUAAAGAGUAAUGGCUACUUUAAAGACAACAUUGAUGGUUCCAAAGAUUAUGUGGCACUGUUAGAAAAAGCCAAAGAAUAUUUUGUGGCCAUGUUAACACCAAGUAACAAAAAUAUUUCCAAUAAGAUGAACCAAAUUAUAGCAUCAGAGGAGUUUCAAAGGCAAAAGGAUGAAUUGAAAAACAGGAUGCAAGAUUCAGAUGAAGAUAGUGAUGAUUGGUUGAACAUUAAUCCUGAGCAACUCAAUGAACUACUGAACUCAAGGUACGGGAAGCAAGCAAAUAUAAAGGAUGAAUUAACACCACAAAGCAUAUCAAAACAUCUUUCUAGCUUUCUUCAUAAAUCAUCAGACUUUGAAGGAAUUGAACUUAAUGAUCAAGAUGAUGAGAUCCAUGAUGAUAAAAUUGAGUUUGACUGUGAAGGCUUUUCAGAUGCAUUGCAAGAUAUAUUAAAACUUAUAUCUUCAAACAAUGCUCAAGACAUUGACAGUGGAAAUGACCUCAGUGAUGAUGAAUUGGAGAAGAAUUUAGAUUCUGAAAUCAAGGAAUCUUUAUCAACUGAUAUGUUAAAUGAAGAUCCUGUAGAGAGAAAUAAAUCUAUGUUCAAUAAUAUUAUGCAGAGCAUAAAAGAAGAAGAAGGAUUUACUGGACCAUCAAGUAAUUUGUUGAACAGUAUAGGUAUUAAGAAAAACGAUUUAUUAGAUUCUGAUGAUGAUGAUGAAUAAACACGACAUUGGAUGCUGAAAA